UAAUCAACGACUCCGGAGUGACUAAAACAGUUACCCCGUAAGCUAGCAGACUCAGUCCACAUCUGAUGUGUCUUCUGUAAUGUAUGAAUAGGCCCGUAGUUUAAAGAGCAGCUUUUAAAGGGGCGGAACUAAGCGCUGCUGAAUGUUCUGAGCUCUGAACGCGCGGCUGACAGCGGCUCUACACCGAAUGCACUCUGGUCGACGAGAAACUCGCCGACAUCGAUCAUGUGGGAGAAUUUGCCUUUCCAAAUAUCAAAGGUAUGAGCCAUUGCACCAUCCCUGAGCGUCGGCAGAAGCCUAAGAAGGACGCAAGGGUGUGCACUGUGUUCUAAGAACGAGCAAGUGGAUAUUCAGACAUCGGAGAACGACAAGCAACAACGUGAAUUAUGUCUUACUAUAACCGAGAACUGGUGGUGUUUUUUAUUAAAUACAAACUCUCGCAGAGGAACUACCCCUACAACCACAUUGAAUUUACAGAAGACACAAAUCGGACUGAUGCGGCGGAAGGGAAUGAUGAUGAGGAGGCAGCAGGAACGACGACCCUCGUUAAUGGAUCCCUGAACGGAACAAGUACUGGUUCCACUGGGACCCCACCAAGGUCCCCCGCUUCAACCCCCCAGCGUCAGACGAACGGGACUGGGGGUCUGGACGCUGUAAAGGAGGCACUUCGUGAUUCUGCCAACGAGUUUGAGCUGCGUUAUUCCCAAGCAUUCAACGACCUGUCCUUGCAGCUCCACAUCACGCCUGCCACGGCGUACCAGAGCUUUGAGAGCGUAAUGGAUGAGGUGUUCCGCGACGGUGUCAACUGGGGCCGCAUCGUGGGACUGUUUGCCUUUGGAGGGGCUCUGUGUGUUGAGUGCGUGGAGAAAGAGAUGAGCCCACUAGUGGGAAGCAUCGCGGAAUGGAUGAUCGUCUACCUAGACAACAAAAUUCAGCCCUGGAUCCAGAGCCAAGGAGGAUGGGAACGCUUCGCAGAGAUCUUUGGAAAAGAUGCAGCAGCAGAGAGCAGAAAAUCACAAGAAAACUUCAGGAAGUGGUUGCUGGUGGGAAUAACCUUGCUCACGGGUGUCGUGGUCGGGUCACUCAUUGCACAGAAACGCCUGUGAGGAUCAGGAUAACUGAAGAUCCGAAUACACCCACUGCUUCGUUUAGACCUCCUGCUUGAAGGAACCUACAUGAAGGAACUUCAAAAAUACAUUUGUUUUGGAUUUAUUUGUUUCCCUUUUAUUGCCAAGAAGUUUCAUGUUUACAUCCCACGUCCCACCGUGUACUGUUGACUGAGUGGAGCGCAUCUGUGAUGUAAUGUCACAUAAUCCAGACUGCAUGAGGGUGCUUUGCUUUUAGCUGAUUAGGAUCAAGCUAAGCCCACGUCUCCUUAAACCCUGUUUAACGAAAUGAGAAAAAUUACUUUAAAAAAAAGUCUAAGAAAAACGCUUGACCAAACCUUCAUUCUUUGUGUCUGUAAUUAUAAUUGUUUUUGUUGUUAUAAUUAUUUUCAGCUUUAUCAUCAGUCUUUAUAAGUAUCCUUAUUAUUCUCUCAUUUUCAAAGAGACUGGCAAAACUGAAAAGGAUACAAACAUUUUAUCUUUAAAUCUAAUUUAAGCUUGUUUGUGAUUCUUGAGUUAAUGACCCGAUGAGAGAGAAGUAGUUGAAUCUGAACUGAAACAGAAGUAUUCAGUCAUUAAAUCAGCACUGACAUUUUCGAGGAACAUUGUUGCUGUCUGGAGUGCCAGAUAUCAGCUCGAGAACAGAGAGGCACCUUUUGGGCCCGGCACUACGUUUGAGUGCCUGCUUCCUCUGUGAUCUCUCUAUCAUUAGAGGACAGUGUGGAGAACAGGUGAAACAUCUCUCUCUCUGUGUGCGUGUGUGUGUGUUUGUGUGUGUGUGUGUGUGUUUUUUUUCCCUCAAUUAUUGUUCUGUUCUUUUUCACAUGUAAAUCUGAUGAGAAUUAAAAGUGUAUAACUAUCUGCAUCUAAAUUGUCUAAAGGACCAACAGUUAUGAGAACUUUUGUUUUGUUGUGAAAGAAAGUUCUGUAUGUUCAUUGCAGUUCAUUGAUGUUUGAUUUAUUAAACCUAACUUCAGCUUCAGAUGAAACUCUUUAUACCUUUGAGAUUGUUGUAACUAGAGCUAGAGGAGACACAGAUACACGAGGAGUAAGCAGGUCACUCCUGUUGUGUGUGUGUGGCUACCUUUCACUGUGUACACAGAAAAUGUAACGCAUUAAGCAGAAAGUAAUUAGAUUAAACCAUAUUGCCACAAGA